UCCAAGCGCACACCGCGAAAAGAAGACGAGAAAGUGGAAUGGCCGAGAGAAUGUAGGCUAUGGCGGGCUAGCAUCUGCCAUGAAGUUCAGUCGCGCCUGAACCUUGAGUGCGACAACACCUCAACAUUCUUACACCGCGAUGAUGGUGACCGAAGGCGUAGGAGAGAAACAGACAAGAGGAGAAGGAGGCGGAGAACGAGGAAGUGGAGGUGGAGGACGGGGAAGUGGAGGAGGGCGGAGCUGUUGGCGAACGCGUUCAGGAUCCGUUCAGUGCCUGGUGGCUCUCGUCGGAGGCUUUGUGUUGGGGUUGACGCUGGCACUCCUUCACUCCGUGGCAUUUUACUUACCGAGCGCCACGCAUCAUCAGGAACAGAGGGAUAUGGUGGGAGUCUCCUGGGAGAACAGCGUGCAUCAGCCAUCAACACAGGUGUCAAACCAGGCACCAAACGUGGCGCAAAGUCCCGCAGAGUUUCGACCCCCGCCCGCACCCAGUUUCGCGCCCAGUCGCCGAGAUUCCUGCUACGGCACCGUAGCCCAGCGUCUCUUCGAAAAAGUCCGGGUGCUGUGUCUCGUGGUAACCUACCCCGAACACCACGCUUCACACGCCGUCCACAUCUACAAAACCUGGGGUCGGAGAUGUACCAAAAUCCUCUUCGUCACCAACGCGGAGAGUGAAGAGAAAGAGAAAGAGGUAAAGGAAAAGGAAGAAGAGGACGAUAGCGUGUUGGAUUUGCCGCUGCUUACUGUCCCGCACGCCAAGGCCGAUCGGAGUGGGCUGUGGAACAAGACUAGGGAUGCCUUUCGCCACGCCUACCUCCAUUACUACAACGACUACGACUGGUUUGUGAAAGCCGAUGAUGACUCGUACUUCAUCAUGGAGAAUUUGAGGUACUGGCUGCACGACAAGGAUCCCGAAGUGCCGUAUUAUUAUGGGUGUCAUUUCGACGUCAUCGUACAGCAGGGAUACAUGAGUGGAGGCGCAGGAUACAUCCUGAGCCGCGGCGCCCUCAAAGCCUUCGUGGACGCAGGCCAGGUAAAUCAGACACUUGCUCAUUCCCAGGGAGCCGAAGAUGUCCAGAUGGGAUAUUUCAUGGAGGCAGCGGGGGUCCGACCUGGGGAUUCAAGGGAUGAAAAGGGACGCCCGAGGUUCUUUCCCUUUGUUCCUGCUGACGUGGUGGUUCCUAAGACGAAAGACCUUGACUACUGGUACUGGGAGAAUCUCGCUCAUGAUCACGAGCAGGGGUUAGGUUGUUGCAGUGACACCACCAUAUCUUUCCACUAUGUGAGGAAGGAUCUACUUUACUCCCUUGAAUUCUUAAUCUACCACUUCAAAGCAUAUGGCCUUGGGGUACCUGCUAGGGACUGCUGACAAUGGCUCUUCAGUAUUGCGUAAAGAAACCUGAAGUAGUAUAAGAAGAAAGGACAUACUGUGAUAAGAACUUAGAAGGAAGUUGAAAAGUGGGCAAAAUGUAAAUAUGAGUGUUUGUCCAAUAAUGGCAUUAAUUAAAGUUUAGUGCAAGAGUAGAGAGGUAAAUACUGCAACUGAAGUAAGGAACAAGAAAAAAAAAACAUAUUAGGCAGCUCUUUUAAAUCACAAAUAACUCUCCAAAGAAGCUGCUGAAGUAUGGAAGGAAAAAUAAAACAAAGUGUGAUCAAAAUGAAUAAGGAUAAAUAUUUAUGUAUGUGAAGAAUCUGACAAAGAAAAUAGCAAGAAUAGUAAGUAUAGGUUUAUCAAAGAACACUGGUAUUAAAUAUGAUGUCAAGAUAUUCCUGUUUCCAUCUGUUUGAUCUAGUCACUGCAUGAGAUUCUAAGAUUAUCAUUUACUAAACAGGUACCAUGAUGGCACCAACAGACUCAUUUGGAUUGUAGGUUUGUCAGUAUUUAUCAGCUCUACCUUUGACUGCUCUGUUAACAUGAUUGUUUUGCUUUUUGGAUCAGCUUGCAAUUUAGGCUUGCAUAUGGUUAAAAUCAUUAUUAUUUUCACACUGUCUCAUGUUGAAAAUGAAUUGAUAUGCAUAAGCAUUCCACAUAUUUGUAUUUGCCCGCUUGUUUUUUACCCCAAACAUAGUGUUAAAUUGUUCCUAAUGUCAACUGUAUAUAAUCAACAUAACGAUGAUCAUUUGUUUAUCAGUUACUUGAAAAUGUACAUUAAUGUAAAUUUAUGUGCCAUUAUUUUCUCUCAUCUAGUGCUCUCAGAAAUGCAUUUUCACUCAUUAUUCAUUGUUGUUGCCUUAUUACAAGUACAAUUUAUAAGUAAAGUUGUAGGUAAAUAGGAAAAUGUUUUAAUUAUCCUGA